UGCAGGUACCGAGGCAGAGAGACCCACUGCCCCGGCUAUAACGAUCCACCCUGCUGGCAGCCUUUCUCCACCGCAAAACAGGGAGGAAAUGAGUCUUUCGUUGGGUUUGACAUAAACACCACCUCCGGUGAGGCAACACAAGAAUAAGAUGGCGCCAAAUUCCAUCCACUGGUUCCGGAAGGGCCUUCGUCUCCAUGACAACCCAUCGCUACGUGAGGCAGUCCGGGGUGCAAGUACAGUCCGCUGUGUUUACUUCCUGGACCCCUGGUUUGCCGGCUCCUCCAAUCUCGGGGUCAACAGGUGGAGAUUUCUCCUUCAGUGUUUGGAGGAUCUAGAUGCCAAUCUCCGUAAACUCAACUCCCGCCUUUUUGUCAUCCGGGGCCAGCCAGCCAAUGUAUUCCCACGCCUCUUCAAGGAGUGGAAGAUCAGUCGGUUGACCUUUGAGUAUGACUCUGAGCCUUUUGGGAAGGAGAGAGAUGCUGCCAUCAAAAAGCUGGCUAUGGAGGCUGGAGUGGAGGUCAUUGUCAAGAUAUCGCACACUCUGUACGACCUGGACAAAAUCAUUGAGCUGAAUGGCGGGCAGCCCCCUCUAACCUACAAGCGUUUCCAGACCCUCAUCAGUCGGCUGGACCCUCCAGAGAUGCCUGUGGAGAUCCUGUCAGAUGCUCUGAUGGGCCGCUGUGUAACCCCCAUCUCUGAGGACCAUGGAGACAAAUACGGAGUGCCAUCGUUGGAGGAGCUGGGCUUUGACACCGAGGGCCUGCCUUCAGCCGUGUGGCCAGGAGGGGAGACUGAAGCACUUACCAGGAUAGAGCGGCAUCUGGAGCGAAAGGCGUGGGUGGCUAACUUCGAGCGUCCUAGAAUGAAUGCCAACUCCCUGCUGGCUAGCCCCACGGGACUCAGCCCCUACCUGCGGUUCGGCUGCCUUUCUUGUCGCCUUUUUUACUUCAAACUCACAGACCUCUACCGCAAGGUGAAGAAGAACAGUUCCCCACCCCUCUCCUUGUAUGGCCAACUACUGUGGCGUGAGUUUUUCUACACGGCAGCAACCAACAACCCGCGUUUCGACAAGAUGGAGGGGAACCCCAUCUGUGUUCGCAUUCCAUGGGACAAGAAUCCCAAGGCACUGGCCAAGUGGGCAGAGGCCAAGACAGGGUUCCCCUGGAUAGAUGCCAUCAUGACCCAACUGAGGCAGGAGGGCUGGAUCCACCACCUGGCCCGGCACGCCGUGGCCUGCUUCCUGACCAGAGGGGACCUGUGGAUCAGCUGGGAAGAGGGCAUGAAGGUCUUCGAGGAGCUACUCCUGGAUGCAGACUGGAGCGUGAAUGCGGGCAGCUGGAUGUGGCUGUCCUGCAGUUCUUUCUUCCAGCAGUUUUUUCAUUGCUACUGUCCUGUGGGCUUUGGGAGGCGAACAGACCCCAACGGGGACUUCAUUAGACGAUACUUACCUGUUCUUCGAGGUUUCCCUGCCAAAUUCAUCUACGACCCAUGGAAUGCACCGGAGUCCGUGCAGACUGCCGCCAAGUGUGUGAUUGGUGUCCACUACCCUAAGCCCAUGGUGCACCACGCAGAGGCCAGCCGCCUCAACAUUGAGAGGAUGAAGCAGAUCUACCAGCAGCUUAGCCGAUACCGCGGGCUCGGCCUGUUAGCAUCUGUACCGUCCACCAAUGGGAACGGGAAUGGAGGGAUGAUGGCCUAUUCUCCAGGAGAGCAGCAGCCAGGGACCAAUAACAACAAUGGCAGCAGCACACACUUACCCGGAGUUUCGGGGAGCUCUGUAACCACAGGAAAUGGAAGUCGGAGCAUCCUCCUCAACUUUAACAGUGAAGAGGAGCGAGGGCUGAGCAAAGUUGGACAACAACAUCACCAACAGCAGCAUCAGCAACAACAACAUCAACAGCAACAUCUAGCAUCAUCGCUACAAAAACAGCAGCCUCUUGGUUACCAUCCAGUGCCAGAACCCAGUCAGGCCAUUACCAGCAGCCGACUCUACCAUGAGUUCGCUGUGCCCCAACACCCAGGGCGCCUCCUGCACACUGGAGGCAGCAUCACAGGGAAGCGGGAGCGUGACUCAGGACGGGAGGGGCAAGGGGACGAAGACGCAGCAUCCUGUUCUGUUCACAAGAUGCAGAGACAGAGUGCAGAGACUACCUAGAGGCGUCUGGAGAUGAGAUUGUCUGAACCCAAACUGAUUUUCUCAAUCCAUGCAGCACCGACUGUAAAGACCAAUCACAGGGACUCUUCUGACACCACCACCUCGCCUUCACCCACCCAGCUGCGGACAUUACGCCUCCCUAAUAUCCUGUCCAUCGGAAAACAAUACUUCUUUUUUUUUUACUUCAUUAUUACUUGGGAGGGCAGACAGAAAGUCUGCAGGGUGUAAAUGCAAAGGUGAAAAUGUGAUUUUGGCCUUUCAGUAUUUUCUAGAAGGGCUUACACAUUCUAGAAUCAAGAGACCAUUUACCUGACAUCCCACUGAAAUGUGUGUAUGCCUGUGCAACCAAAUUUUCAAUAACAUUUUGUAAAAAUGGAGACAACUGGUAGACUAAAAAAAAACAACAGGAAAACAACAUUGAAUUUAAGUACUUUAUUAAAUAGGAUUUUUUUUUUAGUACUUCUUAACAUUAUGCUGUUUGAUAGGAUAUAAUUGUGGUGCGGUAAAGGGCAGCAUACACGAUGCGUCAAGUGAUUCAAAUGGCUCCGACCAUAACAUCUAGUGUGUUAUCAUGUGAUAGUCUGUGACCAUUACGGCAGCUCACCAAUUCUACUCAGGCAGACCAGACAGCUCACCUGUUGAAUCCAUGUCCUUGCUUUUACUCAGAUAUCCGUUGUCAAUAGUUUCUGUAAAUACACACAUGCAAAGAGAGAACUGUACUGUAAGUGACCAUUGCCUCAAGCGUGGAACUUGACAAACUCAGUGCCAGGUGACACCUACCUAUUGUCUUAAAACGCCCUCAACCAGCAACCAUAUUGCAUCAGUAAUGAAGCAGCCAGUGUAGUAAUUAACUAGUAAUUAUCCCUAACAACAGCUGCAUACUUAAUGACAAUGAACUUCACUGCCUGUGUGCACAACACCACACCAACCCAAAGCUAAUUUUAUCGUGAGAGUUUACAAUGGUUUUUUCAAAGAUUUUUACCACAUCUUUCUUAUGCAAGGAUGCGUUGUGGUUCAGCUGUCUCCCGCUGAGUCAUAACACAACACACGACAUCCUUUAAUGUCCUGCAAACUGGCCCUGACAACUGCACUGGUUGGACCUUAAAUCUCUCACACCAGAAAUGUCGAAUGUGGUGCCAAUGCCCUGUUAAAUCAACGUGUUAGCUGUGAAUAGUUCUCAGCUUGUACAUAGCAAAUUAAUGGUUUAUACAUAUAUAUUUUUGAUAUUGUACUUUCUGGUGUUCUUAGCAGUAUAGUCCAGGAUUGCAUGCAAAUACGCUUGUUAGAUUUUAACCGAAAAUUUUCUCCCAACAAACAAAAACGCUUUGUUUUUCGAAGUCAUGACCUUAAAAUGUAGUCUUAAUAUAAAACCAGGCAACUUCACAAACAACAUGUUCACACUUGCAGCAGUGAUCUGGGGAAGCAGUUGCAGGUGGAGCACGAGAUUUGUUACCAACAUCAGGGCACAAUGCUUCUCAUUUUUAUGCUUUGCUUACACCAGUCUGCUUGUAAAUGCAUACAGUGGUUUUAUUGUUGUCUACCGCCAAUGGGUGACCAUUUGGUGAGAGAGGAGGAUGCUCCUCUUCUGAACAUUCAAAUACCUCCCCUUAUUAGUGUCGCGGUUUUGGGGAAGACCAUCUGCUAAUGGCUGGCGGUGUAUGUGAUUAUUUACUUUGUAUCGGCAGCUAGCUACCCAGUCAGCAGAGCAGGAUCUCUCCUUAGCAAAACCUUUAGAUUGAGUAGACCUUUUGGGGGCAACUCUAGAAAACGAAACAUACAUCUGAAAACCAUUAAGAUACACAGAAUGUGUGAUGAAAUGCCACCAUUGUCGUCUUGCCCAUCAAUACAAUGUUUUACAGUGUGUUUAUUUGUGGAAGGCUAAGAAGACUUUGGUUAGUGUUGGAUUUCCUGGCAUUAUGGGUAGCUAUUGAUGUAUAUUUCAUUUUGAAUUGAGAUUUGUUUUGCCUAAUUAUGUUCUGUUAUUUGUCCCACCGAUGCUUCAACACAAUCAGCAAAACUUGGUUAUGUUGUAGUACAAACUUUUGGUGCGCCACCAACCAUGGCUAAACCUCAGAAGUCCAGAUGAUCCCUCUGCAGCGUUUUUGCUCAGCUCCCCCCUGUCAAAAUCACAUUUUCACCUGUUGCCCACCAUUUCUUUUCAAUUAUUUCUUUUCAAAGUAUUUGAUGCAUUUUGUGGCAACAAAAUUACUGGAAAUGUCUUUCAGGAGAUGAGAAAAGUUGGUUCAAUUCAGCUUCUGUCAGAACCAGAAGUCCAGAGUGCUCAGCUGCUCUCGACGUCUGCUGCUUUUUGUAAUAUUUCUUAUUAAAACCAAAACCUUUAUAAACAAGCGUUUCAAAGAAAAUAAGAGGUAACAAUGCGAGAAACGACAUCUAGAUAUUUGUUCUGGAUAAGGAAAAAAAAAGCCUGUUUUGUCAUCGAAACAGAGACCAACAUUCCUCAGUGAGAAGAACGGUUUAACCCUGCUGUCAAGAUUCCUGCUACUGUACCAAGAGAAGAGAAAACAGCAGUGGAGCUUGUUUACUUUUAUAACAUUUUGUGACCCAUGAAAAUCUUCAAACUGAUUUCUGUCUGAAUUAUACCAAAUCGCUGCCACAAAUUAUUCACCCUGUAAAUUAUGCCCAGGACACUUAAGUGGUCCUUCAACAGCAGCUUGUUUUCAGAGUUGUAUAUUUGAUCAUGUAUAUGUAUUAUGUUCCCCACAUCCAUUAAUACACACACACACACACACUCACACACACACACACACACACACACAUUGUAACACAAUUCAAACACGCUUACACAUACACAAACACAUUCAUGUGCAAGUUGCUAUAAGAGCUACAGCAUUCACGUCAAAACUAUUAAUGCCUCCACACACACACACACACACACACAAAGAACAACUGUGCAUACUUAACAGAUUCAACUUAACACACGGUGGCGCAGUGGUUAGCGUCAUCGCCUCACAGCAAGAAGGUCCUGGGUUCGAACCCCAGGGUUGUCCAACCUUGGGGGUCAUCCCAGUUCGUCCUCUGUGAGGAGUUUGCAUGUUCUCCCCGUGUCUGCGUGGGUUUCCUCUGGGUGCUCCGGUUUCCUCCCACAGUCCAGAGACAUGUAGGUCAGGUGAAAUGGCCGUACUAAAUUGUCCCUAUGUGUGAAUGUGUCGGCCCUGUGAUGGACUGGCAGCCUGUCCAGGAUGUCUCCCCGCCUGCCGCCCAAUGCCUGCUGGGAUAGGCUCCAACAUCCCACGACCCCAAUUGGGAUAAGCGGCUUGGAGAAUGGAACGGAAUGGAACUUAACACACAGAGACAGAUCACAUUCUAACACAUUGCAUACAUACACACCUUUAGACACACAAACACAUUCAUGCACAAGUCUAUCAGUCCCGUACAACUGUGUAAAACAUGAAUGCUGUACACACCUAGCCCCUACAUAUGUACACACACACACACACACUACCGCAGCCUUAGGCUUGCCUAAGACAUGAUGGCAGUCACUUGUGCACAUAAGCCCCUACACACACCGAGCCUUCUUGAUUAAAUGGAGAAGGGGUUAGCAGGGAGAGAAGAGCUUUCUGGGGUAAAGCCUCACCAGACAGAAGUGUCUGUUUUUAGAGGACACAAUCUGCCGAUACCAACAUUUCAACGACCUGCCUAAAGCCACAGUCAGGAAUCAUUAUUGGAUGAUUCAUCAAUUGAAACCAUAUUUCGAUUGAAUUAUUCUACUUCAAAUUGACUCAAAUCAAAUUAUGCACGUUGCUUAGUUAAUAUGCCAACAGCCGACAUACUCCAGAAAACUCCACAUUGGAGCCAUAGAUUUGAAAGUGGCCGUUUGCUGACACUCUCCUCCAAAUAUUUUGCUUUUGUUGAAGACAGUGGCUCAUGUCUGUGUACAGUAGCUGAUAUUUUGUUCAACUGUGUUCGUACCGCCUUCGGCUUUGGGGAAUACUGAAUUGAACGGGGAGGGAGGAUUUUACAGCAGGAAGAAAAAAAAGUAGUGUUACUGUAUUGUUAUUCUGUGUUCUCAAUAGGAAUUGUACAUUAUUUUCUCUUUUUAUAGUUUUUAUCAACAUGGGGGGGGCAAGUCUUCUUGUUCUGCUUUUGUUUUGUUUUUCUUCCCAGUCACAUGGGGGUAAAACAAAUGCCAUCUGAUUUUUUUUUCUGUAUUAUGCUCUCGCUCUCUCUCUCUCGCUCGCUCUCUCUCGCUCUCUCUCUCUCGCUCUCUCUCGCUCUCCUUGUGCUGUGAAAGGCUUUUAUUGUGAUUAACCAAAUUCAUGACAGAAAAUUAAAAUUGUU